AUGAAAGACUAUUCGUUUGAAGCGCCGGAGUUUGUUGAGCCGAUCACUAACGUAACGGUGGCCACCGGUAGGGAUACUGUGCUCGAGUGCACCGUCACUAAUAUUGGAAAUUAUAAGAGUGGAGAAUCUGAUCUAGGCCAGUCGUAUAUCUCUCUUAUACAACUGACAAUGAGUUUGGGGCCGACUAUUUAUAUAGCGAUGGCGUGUAAUCUGCGUGUCGCUUGGCUUAAAGUGGAUUCACUGGAUGAGCACUCUUUGUCUUCGGAGUCGACAUUACUUACAAUUCAUACGCAAACCGUUAUAAAAGACCAGAGAUUUCGUGUAUCACAUAAUAAUUACCGUCAAUGGUAUCUACAUAUUAAGAGUGUUAGGGCUGUCGAUAAAGGCUGGUAUAUGUGCCAAAUCAAUACCGAACCCAUGAUAACACAGGCCGGUUAUGUCGAUGUCUUA